AUGAAGAAUGAGAUGGGCCAAUUACAGAAAGAAAAGGAAACGCUUCAGAAGAAACUGUCAGAAUUAGAGCAAAAACAGAGGUGUCCCCAAAGGAGUUUCUACUACAUCUCUACUGAGAAGAAGAGCUGGAGUGAGAGCAGACAGUACUGCACAGAGAGAGGAGCAGACCUGGUGAUCAUAAACAGCAGAGAAGAACAGGAGUUCAUCACUAAAGCAUCUGGCAGAACUGAAGCUUGGAUUGGUCUGACAGACACUGACACAGAGGGGGUCUGGAAAUGGGUGGAUGGCUCAGCACUGGCCACUAAGUUCUGGUGGAAGGGGGAACCCAAUAAUUAUGAUGAAAAUGAGGACUGUGCUAUGACUGGCUAUAGAGGUGCUGGAUCUGAACAUGCGUCAACCUGGGCCGAUUAUCCCUGUGGUUACCUUUUAGUUGGAAUCUGUGAGAAAAGUCUAAUUUAGUCUACAUGAGAGUGAACAGUAAAAAACUGAUUUUUCCAUGUUUAAAAUAUUGGAAUCGUAUAUUGUAAUAUUUCACACUGCUAGCCUAUUAGUACAGCAUUGCCCUUAACAAUAUUUUUAACAAGAUAGGGAUUUAAGUACAGAGUUGAGUGCAGAAAUAAUAUUCAAAUUUUAAAUCUAUCUGGAUGCUUGAACUCAAGGACUUGAGUCUUUGCUAAGCUCUGAGCCCUCAGUUACUGCCUGACAAGCUUUCGAGCCUGGCAUUUUAACUACUAGCCCCAGUAAACACACAUAGCCCCAAAUACACACACAGCCCGCUACAGCAUAGACAUUCUUUCUAUACUGUCUUAUGAAAUUACACAUUAAGCAGUGUAAUACUGAUUAAUUCAACAGUGUUUGAAAACUAUUUCCCCUCAUUU